GAAAUUCCAGACAUUAUUGACUGUACUCUCCCACAAGCAGUAGAAAAGAUUAAUUCUGAAGAAAGAGAAGAAUUGAAAGUUUCAGCAAAACUCUUUGUCACAAGAUCAAACUCCUCAUCAAUCAGAGAAGCAGUGAAUAUGACAUGUUCAGCUCUUGGUGUUGACCAGUUAGAUUCUGUGAUCAUUUCUCCCCCUGCAACUGAAGAUGGAAUUAAUUUUUCUUUAGAAUAUUUACAACCUUACUGGACAGAGCUUGAAAAUUUAGUCCAGAACAAAAAGAUUGUUGCCAUAGGGACUUCUGAUCUAGAUAAAACAUUGCUAGAACAGCUGUUCAGGUGGGCACAGGUGAAACCGAGUAGUAACCAAGUGAAUCUUGCUUCCUGUUGUGUCAUGCCACCAGAUCUGACUUUAUUCGCAAAAGAAUUUGACAUUCAGCUGUUAACUCAUAACGACCCAAAAGAACUGCUUUGUGAAACAGGUUUCCAGGAAGCUCUUCAAGAAAGCCUCCCAGAUUGCCGGGGGCACGAAUGGACUCCCCUCUGGCUUCUGCGGUAUUCGGUCAUCGUUAAAAGCAGAGGGAUUAUCAAAUCCAAGGGCUACAUCUUGCAAGCUAAAAGGAUCCCAUCAUCUUAACGCCGAUCUUGAAAACUGGAUACUUUGGAGAGACCCUAUCUCUACUUUAUAUUGAACCUAGGCAGUUGUUGUUUUUUUAAUUGACAAAAGUUAUCAUAAAACCCAGAUUGCAUAUGGGAUGGUACUCUUGAGCCUAUGCUUUCAAUUUCAUUUACUUUCACAUACUAUAUGGUGAUCUGUGUUGAGAACAGUUGGCUCGCCUAUAUAAUAUUGUUUUUCAUUAAGAUUUACUAAUCUAGGGAUCUUGUAUGUAAUCUUUAGAAUAUUUUAAUGACUAAUAUAAAUUCAAAAUCUAGCUAGCUAUAUUUUGAUUGAAGUAUUUUUAUUUGUAAGGCAUAAUAAUUGACUUGGUAUAGUUUAUGGCCGCUGGGCUGAUAGAAAACUAAGUAAACCACAUUUUGGUGGAAUAAGGUGACUUCACAAGUGGUAAAAAUAUGUGAAAUAUUUAAUAGAGUCAUUAAUUUAUAUUCAGUUCACUACGCCUCAAACAUCAGAGUUUGACUAGCCAUGGACAAUUUUUGUUACGUUUGUUGUAUUUUUCUCUUGGCAUAUGUUCAGAUUUUUUUUUUAAACUCAGAAUUAUAUGGCUCCAGUGAAGAGUAGAAUUAACUUUUUGAAAAUUGGUUUUGCUGAAGUUAAAACAUACUUAUAUUUUGAAAAAGAUAAAAAGUUGUAUAUAUAAAUUUCAGCAUUGCACUGAGUAUAAGCUUCUCAGACAUUUUUAGGAUUUUUUAAAAACGACCAGAGGUGAAGAUAAGUUACUUUUAAGUUUGUGGGUUCUUCAAAAGAAAUUGAUUCAAUGCUCUUAAGCACUUAAUUUAAUUAGAAAACUGCUGCAGUUAAAUGAAUAUUUUUAUUCAGAUUAUCUCUAAAGAGGUUUGCUUAUUGAGAUUUCAGUAGUUUAACAAUGUACAUUUUUGCCAUUUUAAUGGAUAUUUCUGUGUUAUUAAUGCACAUAUGAAAGUUAUGUAAGAGAUGCAAACUUUAUCUGGAUUUUAAGCUUUUAAUUUAUAAAUGAAAAUGUUAUAGGUAA